AUGGUUGCCAAAUUUGAACGAAACGCACGAAAUCCACUUUUGGUCCCGGAAAUUGUUGGUCUUGUCAUCAACAAUAUUCACAAUGUCCCGGACCUUCUGAAUUGCGCUGGUGUGAACAGCAUAUGGAACGUGGCCGCCUUGAAGAAGCUCUACAAGGGCUCUCUAAACGACAUGCAGUUCCGCACACCGGACAUUGGGUCACUCAAUUGCCUUUUUGCAGCAUCGCGGAAGCAAUUCGCCCGCAAUAUGAGUUUCGUGAAGCAUCUUCUUCUUUCUCCUGAGAUACCCGCCAUUGAUGAAGUCGAAGUGCCACAUACUCGGCUUGUAUGCUUAGAGAAAUGUCGCGCAAUGCGUCAUCGUCAAUACGCUGAGUACCUUCUGCAGCCGCGAGGAAGGGGUCUUUCAAGUCUCACAAUCCCUUUCGAGAUCAAGGAUCAAGAUUGGUCGCUGUUUCCUGACUUCCUGAUCAACCCAACCAUUGAGUUUUUGGCCAUUGAUAGUUACUACUGUAAACUGAUCGUUAGCUCCCAAGAGCUCAUCAAAGCCUCGUUCCCCAGCCUCAAGGCUCUCACGAUAUACCAAUCAGGCAGCCGCCGCCAGGUGGAUGAGCUUUGUCGGUUGCUAAGAAGUUGUGAUUUGCAGUUUUUCUGCCUCGAGGAACUGUCUGGAACUGAAGGCCUAACUCAAUCCGAUACUGGGGAGCUCCUAUCAUGCCUUCAACAACAACAAAACCUCAAGGUAAUGGCGCUGAACGUCCGCCAUUGUGGACCCCGUCUUGGGAAACAGGGAAUUCCAUGGCCAAACCUGAAGGCCUUGUACAUUCGAGAGGGGGAGGAAGACUGGUUGGAUCAAUUACCAGAAUUCGAGAAACUUCAAAUCCUCAGCUUGGAAAAUAUUGGGCCGGAAAUACGCUUCAUCGACCAUAGUAUAAUUGAGAAUAUAGCAUCAUGCCGACAUCUACAAGUUCUCAAUCUGCACUUCGGUGAGUUUCGCGACGAAGGAGAACUCAUCCAGAUCGCACGAUGCUGCCCGCUUUUACGAAAAUUUAGCGUCGGGUGCAUUGACUUUAGGGCAGACCCAACGUUAGGGGAAGACCUGCUGCUAGGUCUGUUGCCUGCUCUGCCUCACUUGGAGUUUCUCGCUCUGGGAGUGAAGUUCCAGAUGCCCGGUGCACUGCUUCAAGAUAUAUCACGUCACUGCCCACGACUGACAGUGCUUGAUCUGUCUAUGACUCAAUUAUGUAUCUCUCUCGCAGUGAUAACAGAACUGCAUCCGCUCUGGCGGUUGGAAAGCAUGCACUUUGCGAGAAUCUAUUUUGAGAACCCACGACACUUGAUGCAACGGGACAAACUCCAGAGCGUUGCAACGGAGUGGCGCAGGACAUUCCCGAAGCUUCGAGGAAUACCAUGCCCAGGGGACCUCUACUCCCAGUCUAUGCAAGAAGAUGAGUUAGGUGAAGAAAUACAAGGAGACAGCGCCGGUUUGAGCACUGACGAAGAGAUGUCAUCCACUGAGCCCAACCUUGACUGGGACGACUAUGAUUCUGACUGGUUUAUUUUUCGGACGAAACUCUGGAAAGUUCUUGGUUAUAGGAAAGACCUGCUUAUUCAUGAUAAGAUCCAGUAUAUGUGGCAAACUGAUCUGGAAAUUGAGAUGGUUCGCUGGCCUAUCGUGCCUUUGGCAGCGUUUUCCGAUCCGUAUCUCCACUCCACGACCACCAGCUGCCCCCGGUAA